AUGGAUUCCUCUACCCAACCGACCAUUCUGGCAGCGAUUCUCCUUAACCGCACGCUGCUUGUUCCCGAGGUUCCUCUCUGUCUCCCCGCCACUCUUGGCCGGCCGGUGGUGUAUUCUGAAAUUCUAGACAUUGGCUCCUUGUCCCGGUGCUUUGGAGAGCAGCCCAGUCCGGGAAACGGAGCACAGCCUCUCCGCAAGGUGAUAACAGGAUCAGAUUUUCUUAAGUCAAAUGGCGGUAAUGGAGACGAAUUAGUAGUUGAUAAGGUCCUCUGCGGCCAGGUGAAGAACAGCUGUCACUUCAUAGACAGCAGCUGCGGCGAGGCGAAAGGAAUAAAGCUCUCAGAGAAAGAGAUCGUCAGCGAGGAGAAGGGUAUUAAUCUGUUUGACCUGGCUCCAAAGAUCGCAGCUGCAACUGCCAACGUUCCUGUGCUUUCUCUUGGUGAUCUUUUCUACUCAUUCUUCAAUGAUACUAAUCCUAUUGACUCUACUUUCUUCUGGCCUAGUCGAUUCUUCAACACCUCGUGUGAGCUGCUUUUCCGGCCUCCCCAGCAUGUGCUUAACCAAGCUUCAGCGUUCCUGAAGGAGUACCUCGGGGUGAAUUAUGCUUCUAUACACCUUCGGCGGACGGAUUUUCUUGACUAUAGCCUCCAGGUGGGUCUACAGUACUGGCCGUUACAGGCUGUGGCGGAGUGUACUGCAUCGAAAAUGGUGCAGUUGAACGUGACCAACCUUUUCGUUUCCUCUGAUGCUUCUGAUGAGGAACUGGAGUUUUUUCAAGGAGCAGUUAAGGUCGCAAGGAUCGAUUGCUCGGGCCAGGGGGUACGCAUGGUCGAUUGUGGUUGUCAGAUUGCCUAA